CGAAACCUACAGAACACACAGCUUUUUCCCAGUCAUCGAGUUUUACAGUCAAAAGCAGUUGUUGGUUUCGCCUGCGUGGAAGUUGGUCCUCUUUCGCAAGGGCGACUGAGCACUGACGCUGGCGUUGAGAAUCAACAGGGGGCUUCCUGCAUUUUCCCGGUGAGGAGGGGUAUAGAAGAGGGAAAACUACGGACUCUGGGAAGCUCUAAGGUAGCCAUGCCGGCCUCAUCUCCUCCUCCUCGCGCUUACUCUAUACUCUUUGCUUGCCCCACUGGACUCUCUCGUUCUCAGGUGUUUGUAGAUUUCAGUGCAUCUUAUGACAGGAUGCCUCAUCCAGACCCCAGGCUUGAAGAAUCCAUAUCUCAGAUAUGGGAUCAGAGGCUUCACGAGAACCCAUCCUUAUACAAUGGUUUGAAGUUUAGGUUUGGGGGCUACUUGGUGCAUACAACUGAUGAAGAUUUGGGGAACGAUUCUAAUGUAUGUAUUCACUUGGGUUUGACAGAUUACAGGACAUUUGUUGGCACCAACUUAAGUCCUCUUUGGGAGAAAUUCCUUAUUUCAGAUGAAAAUGACUCCAUAUGUGGCCAACACACAGCAAGUCCAUUGGGAAAUGGUGCUGUCGUAGAGAGUGCUGAUGGUAAAAUUCUUGUUUUGCAAAGAAGCUAUAAUGUGGGAGAAUUUCCCGGUCAUUAUGUUUUUCCUGGAGGACAUUCUGAGCCUCAAGAAAUUGGCAUUUCAUGUCAUAUACGUGAUGAGGACACACGAAAUAGUUCAUGCCUAAAUGAUAAAGUUUCAGAAGAGAUGUUUGAUGGUAUUACGCGUGAAGUAGUUGAAGAAAUUGGUGUCCCUGCAGGCUCUCUUACAUAUCCAACAUUUAUUGGUAUUUCCCGUCGAUUGUUGAAUGUUCGCCCAACAGCCUUUUUUCAUGUUAAAUGCCACAUGGAGUCGGAGGAUAUUCGUCGGUUCUAUUCAAAUGCGCAAGAUGGAUAUGAAUCCACCCAGCUUUUUGCAUUUUCUCAGGAUGAGUUGAGGAAUGUCGCUUCCAAAAUGCCUGGCUGUCAUCAAGGUGGGCAUGCAUUAUAUGAAUUAAUGGUAAAGGAACAAAAGAUUUUAUGAUAACUUUAUGUAGCCCUCUGGUUAUGCUUUCUGAAGAUUAUUCUAUUAGAAAUAUAUUAUAGAUCAAUAUAUCGCCGACAUAUGUUUCAGACUUGAUGAUUGUUGACUCAUUACAUGUAAUUUUCCAAUAGAGAUCGUCUUUGAGACUCAUCUGAGUUGGGUUUAUUAAUACUCUAGUGGAUGACACAGUAUUGAUUUACCACUGGAAUGAUUUGUAUUAUGUUGCUUAUGGUAUAGAUUUAUGAUAGGCUUUGCAACUUAUUGUUU